AUGGUGGAGUCUGAAGAUCACAAAAAACCUCCAGGGUUCCUGGUUAAACUGACCUGGAGAAAAUUGCUUUCAGUGGUGGUCAGCAUUCUCCUGGAUAUGUCUCAGUAUAUUCGAAGACCUGCAUCAGCUAAUGAAAAUGGAAGGAAGAGCAGAAAUAAGCCUUGGAGUCUUCCAUUUUCUGGGAAAGAAUCCAGACAGCAUCAUGAAACUGCCUUUCAAAGUGACAAGGAAAGGAAUGUGAGAAGUAAUGGAGACAACAAUGUCUUCUCAUGGCUCCUCCUUCCUGAUGAACUAUGGUUGUGCAUUUUCUCCCUGCUGACUCAUAAAGAUAUUUCUCAGGUUUCUCAAGUCUGUCAUCGCUUCUAUCAGCUUGCUGCAGAUGAAUCUUUCUGGAAGGAGAUCAAGCUUGUGAACUGCCGCUGCUUAAAUGACAAUUGGUUGAUCAGUUUAGGGAGCCAUCAUCCUCAGCAUUUCACACUUGAUCAUUGCCACAGUGAAAACCAGAGGAUUACUGAGGUGGGAUUGAAGCAGUUCUUUCAACAGUGCAAAGGCUCGCUCAAGGAAUUGAACAUAAAAAACUGCAGUGGCCCUGGAUUAAGAGGGGACACAGUUCUCCAUGCAAGCACUUUCUGUAACCUCCUGACUACCGUAGAUAUAAGCUGGACAGGAGCAACUGAUUCUGGACUAAUAGGCCUAGUAAUUGCUGCUAAAAGUCUGCAGUGCUUUUCUGCUAAUGGAUGCCAGAUUACAGACAGUGCGAUUGGUGCUUUGGUUGAAAAGCAUGGGAAAAGCCUCAGGAAACUCGAAAUAUUUGGUUGCCAUGCUGUUACUGCAAAAUGCAUAAGAUGUGUUGCCAUGAAAUGUCCAAACAUCAUGGUACUGAAUAUUGGAAGAAUCCACAGGGUUACAGAGGACUGCUUGGCAAAGGUUGUGAAUGGUAUGAAAAAGCUAACUUGUCUCAACGUUACAGGGAUUAACGUGGUGAAGGACUGUGUAGUUCACUUUAUUGCAAAGAAGUGUCUUGAAUUGGAAUGUCUAGUUCUCAACUCUUGUUCUCAUGUAACUGAUAUAAGUCUAAUGGAAAUAAGCAUGUAUGUACCAGCAAUCAGGUAUCUUGAUGUUAGUGGCUGUAAAGAGGUGACUGAUGUUGGAGUUCAAGCUUUGGCAGGAAGCUGCUGUAAGCUAUCUUACAUUGAUUUGAGUUCUACAGCAACAAGCAAAAGAGGGGUUUGUUUGUUAGCCAGCUUCUGCUUCAGGACUCUUGAAUGUGUGAAGAUUAGUUUCUGCAAGGCUAUAACCUUGAAUGCAGUUGCAAAACUAUGCAAAAACUGCAAAAGACUGAAGAUACUUCAUUUAUAUGGUUGCCGUUUCACGCCUGAUCUAGAGUCCAUUAAAAAAAUCAAUAAAAAUGUUGAAGUGUUUCAUGACCUCCCUGUACCAGCUGCUAAACUGUCUUCCAAAUGAGGAAUCCUCCCAACAUAAUAUAUUAGUUUAGCAAAAAGAUGCUGUAUUAAUUUGUUGGUACCUAUUUUAUCACUUUAUUUAAAAUACAUGCAUAAUUUAAUUUGGGCAGGGUCAAUGUCUAUUGAUAUUCAAUCCAG